CAAGCGAUUAGAUUGAGUUUGAGGUUAGCCGAUGUGGUGACAGAGGUUAGGUUUGCCGUAGAGAGAAGUGUGUGCCUGAAGAUUGUCCGAAGGCCCAAAAGUCGGAUAAUAUUGAACAUAGAAGUGCCACACGAUGGAUCGUCAGGAUACCAAAUUGUUCCUAGCCGAGGAGAUAUUAGCGGAUCAUCCUAGUCUCAGGGGAACUCCUCUGGCGAUGUUGGCGGCGCAGUGCAACAAGCUGUCCAGCAAAUCUCCGCCCCCGCUCGCGGACGCUGCCGUCGGCAAGGGUUUCCACCCGUGGAAGAAGAGUCCCACCGGCGGCGCAGGCUCCGGGGCGCCUCACUCUCCCGGAUCUGGUGUCUCGAGCGGCGUCUCCGCCACCAGCAAUGUCUCAUCAAUGACACAACGAAGUCUCGCGUCGUCUGUGAACGCAAUGGGAAACGUCACUCCCAGCCGCUCGGUGUCGUCGUGCUCAGCAACGGUGACGCCAUCAUACGGGAGCGAUCUGUACUUUCCCGGCGCCACGACGUCGCCCGCCGUGGCGGACAAUUCGCACAGUCACAUGCACCAGGGAUUUCUGGGGAAGGUGGAGGGCGCCGCCCUGGGUUCUGUGUACUCGCGCCAUCCGUACGACUGGCCCUUCAAUGCUGUCUCAGCCGCGGCUACGGCGGCGGCGCACAAGCCGGACGGCGUGAACUCGGGCUGGUGGGACAUGCACGGUGCAGCCGGAGGUUGGCUCGAUAUGGGAAGCGCGGCGGGAAUGCACGCCACGAUGGCAAACUAUACCACGGGCUCCGAUUACUCGUCUCUCACGCACUCGCUGUCCAACACGGCGCACUUGCUGGGCUCCGGACAGCACCUCCUGCAGGACACGUACAAGAGCAUGCUGCCUGCCCAGGCGGUGGGUGGCUUCGGUCUGGCGGCCCACGCGGGCGCGUCACCGGCCGCCCCGGCGGCGCCACAGGCGCCGUCCCCGCGUUCGCAGAGGCGCUACUCUGGCCGCGCCACAUGUGACUGCCCCAAUUGCCAGGAGGCGGAACGCCUGGGGCCCGCCGGCGUGCACCUACGCAAGAAGAACAUCCAUAGCUGCCACAUCCCCGGAUGCGGCAAAGUGUACGGCAAGACGAGCCACCUGAAGGCGCAUCUGCGCUGGCACACGGGAGAGAGGCCAUUUGUAUGCAAUUGGUUGUUCUGUGGGAAACGAUUCACUAGAUCCGAUGAAUUACAGAGGCACCUCCGGACGCACACGGGUGAGAAGCGCUUCGCAUGUCCCAUCUGCAACAAGCGCUUCAUGCGCAGCGAUCACCUGGCAAAACACGUGAAGACCCACAACGGCGGCUCGGGCGGUGCCUCGACCAAGAAGGGCUCCUCGGAGUCCUGCUCCGAUUCUGAGGAGAACAGCCAGGGCGACUUGCACCACCAGCAGCCGCCUCAGCUGGCGCCUCACCAAGCUCAACCGCCGCCGCCCCAGACAUUUGGCCAGCAGCACCAAAUCCACUCCCCGGCACCGGCCCUGCAGCAACACACGCCCAGCCCCGGCCUAGAGCAUGGCUCUCUGGCGCCGCCGCUGGACGUGAAGCCGGGCCUCGUCUGAGACGAGGCGGCGCACCCGGCGCUGCUGGCGACGCACCAAUUGGUGCAGUGGCCGCCGCCAGGGGCUCCGGGUGCCGCCGCCACCUCUCUCCUCUGGCCCCAGUGAGAACCCCCCCGGGUUGGGUCCGGCAGGCAUGCACGAUAUAUCGCUAGAGCCACGCCACGAUACUGAUAAUCCUUCGUGAAAUAUCCUCAAGCGCCCAUUCGGCUCACAUCUCUGCAAUCUUUCAACUCAAUCCACUUCGCUUGGGUAUUUUUCGGAAUUUCCUUCAAUUUAUUGGGUAUAUAUUUUUUGUGAUAUUUUGCGAGUUCCUAUUGGAGUUCUCAGUUGGUGUCAACUGCGCGUUGAAGAGGAAAAGCUUAAGCUUGAAAUUUGUCUUGAGUGUUUUGGCCUGAGAACUCUGGUUUGUAUGUCAAAAUUUCGGUGUUGCACGCGAUGAGCCUUGAGAAUAUUUCCCCCGAAAGUGACUAGAAGAAAUUUUUAAAUACUUCAUGGUACAAAUUGUUUAAACAUGGCUUAUCUCACUGAUAGAGCAGAGACGCAAGUCUCUAAAAUUACUGUAAAAGUCCCUCUUAUAACACACUAAAUCUACUCACUUUAAAAAUGUAAUUGGAGCUUGCGUGCUGUUGUCGUUUCCUUGUAAUCUCUAUCCCUUCUUCCGGGUGAACUGAGAAAUCUCCGGGAGGACAGUGAUAGGCACAGGAGACAGGAUAAAAGGUGUAUUUAGAGUAAAAUUCAUAAAAUAUGGGGAUAUUUUGUAUAUAAUUGUUACUUGACGUAUGGAAAUUGAUAAAAUGUCUUUAGCGAUAACAUAAUCUUCAAAACAUGAAAAGGAAUUUUCAUUGCAAUGCGUUUCUUCAGUUUGAGCAUCGCUCUCAAUUUGUGUGGGAGGGGAAGUUGAUGUAACUUAAUUGGAAGAGGCGAUGCAAAGGCAAAUUAGACAUGUUUCAAUAGAAAUGCCACAGAAGGUUUUUAUUUUGAAAUCAUAUUCCUAUUCUUAGCUUUUCUGAUUUUUUUUUUCUAUACAAAUGUAGAGCAAUUGAUAUCACAGAGGAAACUGCAAGUAAAACCGAAUGUGAGAACGAAUUAAGCGAGGUUCAAUGUGAAUCUUUAGACACAGAGAUGUAAUGUCAUAGAAUCUAUUGUAAAUAAUUUAUUACAAUUUAAAUUAUAUUUAUAUCCCCCACUUUUAAAAAGCGAUCAAAGUGAAAUAUCAUUUGAGAAUGUAAGGAAUACUUGUUAUAUAAAUAUCAAAUUGACAAUGUACUUAAGAGGCAGAAUUCUAGAAGUGUAAAACAGUGUAAAAUUUGGAAAUUCAUCGAUAUGGAGGAGAAACAAAAACCUACUAUUAUCAAUUAAAAAUUAUUAUUGUGUGUAAAAAAAAAAGAAAAGAUGAACAGAAGAUCUAUUGAGAAAUAAAAUCUA